AUGGCUCUCACGAAGCUUUCUCAGUUUGCUUUGGUGCUCUCUGGCUUUGUCACUGUAAGAGCGCAGCAGAAUGUGCAAUUUAACCAGGUUAUCAACCUCAAUGGCGAUAUGCAACUCAACAGUCUUGUCUUCCCCGAUGGCACAAAGAUCGAAACGUUCUCUCAGUCACAGCGCCAGGUCAUCGUCAACCAAAACCCUAACCCAUUGUCGGCAAGCCACGUCGUCGGCUCGACGGGUCAGCCCUUCGUUCCACUCUCGCGCAACUCUGUAUCCAUCCAGACUAAUGGAGCCGUCGACCUAGUAGGCGCUCAAAUCGAGCUGCCCAUUGACCAGACUAUGCUCACGCAGGCUGGAGUAACCGCUGAUAACACUUACGUCGCAAAGUUGUCGAAAGACCGCCAGGCGUGGAUCGUAAUGGAGGGGCUCAAAAGCGUCAAUAUCACGGAUGCGAAUGUCCGCAUGGUCAAGCUGAAUCAAAUUGACGGAGAGUUUGUGGCCGUGGGCCGACAAACUAGCGAGCUUGGCGCUUCUCUGACUCCCUUCGGUCAGCCCGUGAACAUCGCUGGAUCUGGCAUCCAAGAGGCGGAGUUCCAGGACGGAUUCCGGGUUUCCAUCAAAGCUAGCCAGCCGAUGAGCAUUCGCACGGAUGUGGUCAACGGUAUCAGCCCGGAAAUGGUCACCAACGGCAUCGUGUCUCUUAACAACUACCGGUACCUCGUCACCAGCAAUCUUGCUGGUGUUGUGCCCAGCCUCAACAGCAUGACCGCCGUGGUCCAGAUACCGCUCAAUGUCGAGCGACUCAUGGCCAUGGCUAUGCGCGCAGGUGCCCAGCCGCAGUCGUCUAUCACACUGGGCAUCGCUCAACGCCCGGUUCUCCAGAACCCUGGCGGUGCGACUGGUGGAUUGCAGGCUCCUCGCUCCAAGCGUCAAGCAGGUAACACCACAGCUGGCCCGCAACCUCCAGCAAACGGCUCUGGUAAUACUGCUGGCAACGGCGCAGGAACCGCUGUUGGUAAUGUUCCCGCCGUUGCACCGCCUCCCGCUGGAGGAAACACCCCGCCUCCUCCUACCCCUCCUCAAACCGGCCAGAACCCCCCCUCAAACGCCGGCCCAGCAAUACCUGCUGCGUCACAGCUUCUCCUGGCUCAAACCUUCAGCCCUGUCAAUGCUCAGAUUCUCCUGGACAGAGAGAAUGCUCGGAUAGCCGUUCCAAUUAGUCAGAUUGAUGGCGAGUUCAUCCUCACCAUGACGGUUGCCGGAACUCCCGUUGGUGCUCAGCCUCAACCCGUUCCCCAGCAAGGACAACCUCAACAAGGCCAGCCUCAGCCUGCUCCCCAACCUGCUCCCCAACCUGCUCCUCAGCCUGCUCCCCAACAGGGCCAGCCUCAGCAAGGUGGUGGUCUCGUACAGCCUGCCCCGCCUCAACCAGGUGGCAUCAUCGCUACACAGCCUGGCCCCGCUCCCGUUAAGACUGCUAAUAAUCAACCGCGUCAAGAGGCAGCGGCCCCGGUUUCUCCAGGAGCCUUUGAGAUGAAGAUGGCCGACCUGAUGACCAUGGCUGAGACAAGACGCAACGGAGGCAUGAUGCCUACAUGGGAACUAAUGACCAAGCUUGCUGCUUCGCAGAAAAAGGCCGUGCAGAAAGGGUCCGAGACCCCGAGACGGAAUUCGUUGCUGAUGCGUCGACGUCUAGGCGCACAUUUCUAGGGUGAAUUUUUUUGGUCAGCAUGGCGGAUAAUGUAAAUAUGUGUUUGUUUCAUUAUUGUACCCUCAUCCGGGUGCCUACACAGCAAGUUAUGAUGGA